GGUGGGCGAGUGUCUUGUGCGAGUCGUUCCCGACGUUUCGGAGCUGGCGUAGUGCGCUUUUUGCUUUCUCUGUCGACGGUGCGUUUUGUGGUGUGCAAGGAAGAGCGUGCUCUCGCGGGAGCGAGGAUAUACGUGCGCGUCAAAGCGUGACUUGGUUUCCUCACGUGCACGUGCGCGCGCGUGAGUGCGCGUGCACUAUGCGCCGGGAUGCUCGGGAGAGGGCGAUGCGGCUACGGAGGAUCGUGUCUGUGCUCAGAGAGGUGGAAGCUGUCCACGCUUGCGAAUGGCUCAGGCAGGCCGGAUUCCCGCAGUAUGUGCAGAUGUACGAAGAGAACUGCUUUCCCAUGGACAUCUCGACGGUUCUACGGGACCACCCUAGCCUGGAUCCGGACGAACUGCAGUCUCUGUUCAGGCGACUGAACACGCUGAACAAGUGUGCCCGGUUGAAGAACGACGGCCUCGUCAAGCAGACGAUGCAGCAGGACAGCGACGAAGAGGAAGGCCCCGCGCUCAGCUACAACUGGCAGUUCCACCGCAGCAGUCGGCGAUGGUCCAGGGUGUCGCCUCCGCUUCCCGUGGUCGUGACGCCGACCAACGGCGCGGGCUGCCGGGCCGCGUCGGCCCAGGGCAGCGCCCAGGAGGCGUACAGUUCUCACGACAGCGUGUUCCUGGACGAGCCCCGGAGCAGCCCGGAGAGCCGACUGUCGACGAGCGACGAGCGAAUCAUCGGCCUGGGAGCUGACGAAGGGUCGCCGGGACACAAGCUUCGCCGCAGCGGCUCCGAGAGGAUCCGCGACGCCAUUCUGCGCAGGAUGGACAGCUUUCGCGGCAACCGGAGGCGGAAGAAGAGGGGACCGGAAGGCGCGGAAACCGCGGAAGGAUUUGGCGGCGCCAGUGCGGCACCGUGGUCCAAUCACCUGGGUCCCGAGAAUCACGCCCUGAGCGACUCUGAGUGCUCGCCCCAGCUGGCCCACAGGAGGAAGGCCGGUAGCUUCAAGGGCAAGCACCGCAACCAGCAGCCGCAGUCCAGGUGGCUCUCUGCCAACUCGGAACAUGGCAGGAACAGUGUUUACGACAACGUGCCUGCAGCUGACUCAGCAAAUCAGGGAGUCUGUCAGCAGUUGGGCGACAAUGGCAGUGUGGGCUCCGGCUCACUUGGACGGGGUCAAGAAGAGAAUGAAAAGCCAGUCUACAGCACCGAACGACGAGAUUCCGGUGUGGGCUCCUCGCUCACAAGGGCUGGCAAUGGCAGCCCGUGCAACCAGGGUUCCUCCUGGCACUGUUUUUCCUCCUCGCCCGAACAACUGACGUGCCUGUCGGCUUUGCGCUACGAGCACCUGUCAGCCUCUCAGCUGCUGGUGCUGAAGAAGCUGGCACUGCUCCACUUGACAGCACUCAUGGAGCGCUUCUCGCCACCUUACCGGUCGGGCUGGGGCUGGGCGGUGCCAAAAUUCAUCCGCCGCAUGCGAGCACCGGACUACAAAGACAAGACCGUGUUCGGAGUGCCGCUGAGCGUGUCGCUCCAGCGGACGGGCCACGCACUGCCACCGUCAAUCCAAAGUGCGAUGGACUUCCUGCGAAAGAGCGCGCCGGAGGCCACGGGCCUCUUCCGCAAGUCCGGGGUGCGCUCCCGCAUCCAGAAGCUGCGCUCACUGCACGAGACGCCUGGCGCAACGAUCGCGUACGAGCAGCAGCAGGCGUACGACGUGGCGGACCUCCUCAAGCAGUAUUUCAGGGAACUGCCGGACGGCCUGCUCACGGCCAAGCUGUCCGACACCUUCCUCUGCAUCUUUCAACACAUUCCAGAAGAGCUCCGAUUGGACGCGCUGCAGGCAGCGGUCCUCCUCAUUCCCGACGAAAACCGAGAGGUCCUGGAGACGCUGCUCGUGUUCCUCAGCGACGUCUGUCGGCACGCCCAAGAGAACCAGAUGACCGUGGCCAACAUAGCGGUGUGCAUCGCUCCGUCCCUGUUCCAACUGGCAGUACCACGCAGCACGAGCGCGAGCCCACGCAGACGAGCCACAACAGUGGGCAUUCCCGACCAGCGCGAGCUGAACGAAAACCGGGCGGCCCACGAGUGCCUGGCACGCAUGAUCAUCGACCACAAGAAGCUCUUUCAGAUUCCCUUGGAAACUCUCCAGCAGUGCCGUCUCGAACAGCUCGAACCGAUGACGAUGGACGAACUUGGGAGCCUCAAGACUCACCUUGAGAGCUGUCUGCAUACCCUGAUCAUGGAGGCGCGUGAGAAGAGCAAAGGGUGGGCGACCGUGCAGCACGCCGAGGUGGAGCUGGCCUUCAAGAAGCUCGGAGACGGGCUUCCUUUGAGGCUCUGGCGCUGUGCUGUGGAGGUGGAAGCACCGCCCGUGGAACUGCUCACCAGGAUACUGCGAGAACGGCAUGUGUGGGACAACACACUCCUGAAGUGGCGUCACAUAGCCAAGCUGGACAAGCAGAGCGAAGUCAUCCAGUACAUCUGCAGCUCCAUGAAACCCCAGGCUCCACGAGACUUCUGUGUUCUCAGAGCUUGGCGAACUGAACUCGCCAAGGGUUCUUGCGCUCUGGUGGAGCUGUCCGUCAACCACACGGAUGCCACGGUGCUCCUGCGUGGCGUCAGGGCGGUGGUUCUGGCUUCCCGGUACCUCAUUGAACCCUGCGGUGCCGGUAAAUCGCGCGUCACCCACAUCAGCCGGGUGGACCUGAGGGGUCGAACACCGGACUGGUACCACAAGGUUUACGGAAGCAUGUGCGCCCUGUUGCUCAUCCGACUCCGCGACUCUUUCGCUCAACGCGCGGAGGGCCCCGAGACGAAAGUAUGACCCGCGCUCAACGUCGAAGGAAGGCCUCGCUGUACAUAUCCCGACGCAGUCAACGCUUCCCAGAGAGCCCUUCCCCCGACGAGACACGGCAAUCGCCACGCGCAGCCGCCCCUAAACAGGAGUUGAGACGCGCCCGGUUCGCAUUUGACGUUGAAGCGCGCCCACGAGAGCCGUACAAAGACGGAGGAUGGAACGGGAGGUUUUUUUGUCCGCAGUUUUUGUUUGGACGGGACCAUCUGCCAACCGCCGUCUUAUUCCGCGUCAAGAUGUCCGACGCCGUCUUCAGAGGGCCUCCGAAUUUUCGGGGCGAUGCCAAAUAGUUUCUUUUUUUCCUUUUUGCUGUUGAUUGUUGUUUGUGUAGUAGCAGGGGUAGUUCACAUACUAGGUGGGUUUACGACAGAGGCUGUUCAGCUUCUUCGAACGAUUGCUUUUUCGUUUUCUGAUUGCACAAGUAUCUCGUGGGAUGGAGACCAAUAGGCUUUUCUUUUUAAGAAUUUGUUGGCGUUCGUAAGCGAUCGAACCGAUGAAAUGUCAAAAAGUAGCGAUGUGGGUUGUUGAGGGCGUCUCGGAUAAAGUCGUUUGCCGAUCAGUGCGGUACAAUGGGUCUCGUUUUCGCGAUCCAAACGCCCGCCUGUCAUGAAACAAGCAUAUCGCUGCUAAUCAUAUCGAUGGUCCUGCCUCGCUGGUUCUUCCAGCAAAACGUCUACGAUGAGCUUAAUCUCAAAACAGACUUUCAGCCCAAAAGAAAAAAAAAACGCAAUGUCCCCCUUUUAUUUUUAAACACAUAUACCGACCAAAUGACGACUACACCAAAGCAUAACAACGUGCUAAGCAUAAUCUUUCUAGUAACUGUACAUCUGGUAGGUUUCUUUUCAUAUUUCUUUUGGUCAAAACAUGGAGCAGGCUUCCACCUCUUCACUAAUUAAUCGCCACAGUCACUAGUUUCCGUAGACGCGUGUCCCGGAGCAUAAUUGAAGUGUGGAGAAAGUUGCGUCUGAAACCUUUCCGCUAAAAAGGCUGGCCUUCUUUGCAGAUAGAACCCAUCACAUCAUUGCAUUUCUUUUUUCAGAGACAUUCUGAUUGUUGGGAAUGGGAGUUGACAUUUUCCUACUUUGUACAUACGUUACCAGCACUUCACAGGAAUGCGCGAGUUUUAAAGAUGUGUUUGUUUAUUACCGAUAGGGGACCAGGCCUUCAUAUGUUCACUAGUCAUGUUAGUAGUACUACUAUACAGAGCACAGCACCCCCCUCCCUUUGGUUCUCACGUGUAAUACCAAUUCAAAUGGCAGUUUUUGUUUCCUCCUGUUUCUCUUACCUAGUCAGGAAUGAAUGAAUGGUUUACUGGUAUGCCUGCAUAAUAAUUUAUUUUCGAGUCACUUCAUUUGCACGGAGAAAAUACAAGCUGGGAGAGCGAUGAAAGUUGCCUUCCGUUAAGUUCAACGUUUUAUGAAGGCAUUGCUUGCGAGGCUCGUUCACAAUUCUUAGAUGUUUUUAGAUCUUUAAAAGUGAUGUCUGUUGCCUGAUCACUUUGAAACAAUCUUUGACAACCCUGCGGCAGCAUUCUUUUUUUCUCCGGAGAAUAGAAUUGCGAGGUCUAACGAUGACAAAAUGCUUGGAAUUUCUAGACUACAAUCUGCCAUGUGAUCUGGUGGUGUACUGUUGUGUACUGAUACAUACGUUGUUGACUGUAUUUGUGGACAGUGUAUAUAAUAUGACAUGUUGCAUUCACGAGUGGACAAAAAGAUAAUAAUGUAGAGCCUUUAUGUAAAUAGUUACAAAUUAAUCGGUGGUUACUUGAAAGAAAUAAAGAGUACUAUAUAUAUAUAUAUACCUAUAUGCUCCACGAA